AUGGCGAAGGAAGCCGCUGAGAAGACUGGCAUCACUGUCGGCUUGAACAAAGGCCAUAAAGUCACUGUUAUCACCCCCAAGCCUCGCAUCAGCCGUACCAAGGGUCACCUCAGCAAGCGCACCGCCUUCGUCCGAGAAAUUGUCAAGGAGGUCGCCGGCCUUGCCCCCUAUGAGCGUCGUGUUAUCGAACUGUUGAGAAACUCCAAGGACAAGCGUGCGAGAAAGUUGGCAAAGAAGCGACUUGGUACCUUCGGACGCGCAAAGAGGAAGGUCGACGAACUGCAACGAGUCAUUGCUGAGGCGAGAAGAACUGGUCAUUAA